AUGGAAAAAUUCACGGAUUGGAGAGAUAAGGGAACAGGUAUAGCACCUUUUUUCCCUCCUCCAACGAGUUCUAAAGAAGGAAAAGUGCUCAAUUCUGUGGUAUAUGGAUUUUUUUUUAUGAUCAAGAUAAUACUUUUGUUGCCAUUCAUAAUUGUGAAUCAAUUGACGGGAUCAAAGAUGGCCUUAACUACUAUUUUAAAGAGACUAUUUGGAUGGAGUAUGGAUGUCAAUGUUAUUGGGGUUAAAAGAAAAGCUGUAACUAAAAAGGAGCACUACCCCACAGCUGGGAAUUUAUAUCUGGUCAAUUAUCAAAGUGCAUUAGACGCAAUCACGUUGAAUCUACUUUCUCAAGGAAAUCCCAUCUUUUUGGUUCCAGAUAAUGUCCACAUCUACAAACUAUCCUUAUGGAACUUUAUUCGCUAUACUUUGGAUGAUGGUUCGUUGAAUAUCUCAAAAUAUGGGGAAAUAGUGGCAAAUAUAAACGAGCUAAAGAAAUCCGUAAAUUUCUUGUUCAUUGAAGGAACAUGUUCAAAUGGCAAGAGUACUCUACCUUUCAAUUUGAAUUCGCAAACAUUACUGGAAUUUUUAGAACCAGAUAAUAACGGCACUGUGAAACCUCAGAUUUCCCUACAAACAAUCACUUUAAAAGUGAACGGUCCCUUGGCCACUCCAUUACCUGUUUCCAAGGGUACCUAUUUAAUGAGAAUGUUAACACAUCACGUUCGCUACAAAUGUAAGAUAAAUGAACCACAACCUUUAACGAAGACGUUAGAUGAAUUAAGGAUUGCCUUGAAUGAUGGUGACAAAUUCAAAUUAGUUUCUAAAACAUUAGGAAUUGACUCCAAGAGAAAAUUCAUUUCUGAAUACUCCAAAACUAGAAGAUAA